UCGUUGGUGUGCCAGAGCAGGAGAGAGGAGGCAGAUGGAGAUGCGUAUCCUGUGUCACGAAGCGCAGGAGAUCCUACCUGAUGGCACCGCCAUGGUGCUCGCUGCCUUUGUCCAACGCUCUACGGUCAUGUCCAAGAACCGCAAAAGACCCCCUCACAAUCCAGAGAGCUAUGAUCCCCUCUUCAUGCACCCUGACCUGUCCUUUGUACCCAUACCGGCAGCUGUGGCCACAUCAUGCACUCUCACUGCUGGCAGAGGUCUUUGAAUAUCAAUGAUGCAAACAGGGAGGAGAAAUAUAACGGGUAUUUACAUACCAGUCAGUAUGUGUGUGUGUGUGUGUGUGUGUGUGUGUGUGUGUGUGUGUGUGUGUGUGUCUCUGCACCACUUAACUCCUGUCUCCCAUUUUUACUGCAUUUGUAAAACUGGAGACACUGCAGGGGGAAACCACUCAAACCCUCUAGUGUGUGAAUCUCCCAGAACUUACACAUUCAAACUGAAACUACACAAGCACUACAAACGUGUGUGUGUGAUUGUAUUUGUGUAACAAAUACAGUAACAGUAAACCGUUUUUGUGUUGAUCUUGAUGUAUGUUUUGGAUCACUGUCCUGCUGGAAGAUCCAACGACGGCCAAUUUGAAGCUUUCUGUCAGAGGCAGUCAGGUGUCACGUAUCAGGAAGCUCUGGACUCCACUUCCCAUCAGCCACUGCACUGCACUACGUCACAUGACCACCUGCACCUAAUUCUCGUUUUGGUAAUGAGCACGUGUGUGUGUGUGUGUGUGUGUGUGUGUGUGUGUGUGUGUGUGUGUGUGUGUGUGUGUGUGUGUGUGUGUGUGUGUGUGUAUAUAUAGCCAUUGUCUGCACUGAUUCACAGUCUUUCGUUGUCUUAGACUUUCGUGUUCCCGUGUUUUGUUUCAUGCCACAGUAUUUUGCCUAGUUGUCUUAGUUUUGUUCUUUGAUUGUUUAAAUAAAUGUUAUAUACUGCAAUUGCUUCUGGCUCAACCUUGAAUCGUGACAGAACGAAAGACCAACAAUCAGAAGCAGCAGAUCGCCAAGAUGGAUAUCUGGGGCGUCAGGAUGCCACCAAUGUUAGUGGAGUACUUUGCCACGUUGCGCCAACAGUCGGAAGAUUACCAAGCUGCGCUACGAAAGCAGCAGGAUGCCAGGAAUUACCUGGGCUUCAACUUACCGCCUAUGUUCAUGCAGGACUACGCCAUGCUACGCCAACAGGAGGAGGAGUCCAGGUACAAGGGGGAGUUUGUGUUCAGUACAGAGACCCAGCCCGGGACCGACAGGGUGACCUCAGAGCUCGAACCUGAGCUCCACGAGGUGGGCUCACCUGCCGAGCUCCAGCAAAGGGUCAGCGGGGAGGCACUAGCACCAGGCUUUGAUGUCCGAGUCCCAGUCAAGUCUCAAGUCCCUAAGGUCCCAGCCAAGCCUCGCGUCCCUGAGGUCCAAAUCAAGCCUCGCGUCCCUGAGUUCACGUUCAGGCCUACUGACCCAAAUGACCAAAUGCCGCUCACGCCCAGCCAAGCUCCGCUCACGCCACAGUCCGCCGACACGCACCGCCAAGCUCCGCUCACGCCACAGUCCGCCAACACGCACCGCCAAGCUCCGCCCAUGCCCCAGUCCGCCGACACGGUUCACAUAGUGACCUCAGAGCCUCAGCCUCCCCGUUCAGCUGAGGUCGUCGCUCAGACUCCCCGUUCAGCUGAGGUCGUCGCUCAACCCGCCUGCUCCAUGGCAACUAGUGUUCCCCCUUCUGCUUCGAGGAGACCCACGCUCCUCGCCCUGGCCGCACGGGGGACUUCUCUCGGCCUUCCAGUUCAGCUGGGGACGUCGCGCCGCUUUCAUGCUCUGCCAAGGAAAUAUCUCAGCCUCCCUGUGCCAUUGUAGAAGCCGCCCGGCCUCCUGAUUUUGCGGGGGACAUUUUCUCCAGGGAGCCAGGACCACCAGAUGGAGGACGCAUAAUUUUGGGCGCUCCGGGAGUAGCGCCCUUGGGGGAGGGUUCUGUCACGUAUCAGGAAGCUCUGGACUCCACUUCCCAUCAGCCACUGCACUGCACUACAUGUCACAUGACCACCUGCACCUGAUUCACGUUUUGGUUAAUGAGCACUCGUGUGUGUGUGUGUAUAUAUAGCCAUUGUCUGCACUGAUUCACUGUCUUUUGUUGUAUUAGACUGCCAUGU